CUUCGAUCAGAUAUAGGCUGAAUAUGCGCAUAUUGAGCCAUUAAUAUGGGAUGAUUCAAAUGUGAUAUAGACCGGGGCAUUGACUGCAUUUGUAACAGACUGUCUGACACCAUGCCCGUCGACGAAAAUGCACAAUGUUCGACAUACACGGGGAGGUGCCUAUGCAAAGGAGUCGGAUUUACAGUGAAAGGCAAUCCAAAUGCAGUUUUCUGCUGCUAUUGCGGUGAUUGUGCUCUCGGAGCUGGGGGGCCUUGUCAGAUCACUGCAACAUACUUCACACCGAACUUCACACUUUACGAUCCAGAGGGGCUUGCCAAACGCUACAUCGUCAAUAAUACCCUGAGUGGACGCCAGAAAGUCAAAUGUUUCUGCAGCGGCUGCGGGUGCACUAUAUACACAAUCCCAGCGACUAAUGGGGAAGAGGAGAUAGUUGUAAGGACAGCUCUGAUCAAAAAUGGCCUGGAAUUGUUUAAGCCUACGAUCGAGUGCUAUGUGAGAAACCGACCGAGCUAUUUCUCUGCUACCACGACGGGUAAGCAGUAUGACCUUAUGCCUUGA